AUGAAAUACGUCCGACAGCACGCUCACAAGUUUACAUGCGGUCGCGUUUCCGGCUACAAAGCCGCCUACACGCUGCCCGUGUUUGUGACGGUAGUGAUCAUUUCGCUGUGGAUCAAUACAUGCCACUUGCAAUGCCUUGGACUUGCACACGUCGUGCUGCUGACGAAAUUGGUAUUUCUGUUGGCCGUGCACGAAUUGCUUCGACCCUUUUGUCUCUCGUUCAGGGACGUCUGUAUCUUGACAGCUCAUGUUGGUUCAGCAGCUAAUGUAGCCAUACUGCAGUUCGUCAGACGAGGGUUGCACCCAAAGUUCUUAGAGUGGACAAUCUGGUAUGAAUGGUUCCAGGCCAUCGCAUUUGCUGCUGGUCAACGGAACGGUGGCCACAUUCUAAAGAUGCCCAAUGCGCUAGCAUUCCGACGCAAUUUCGAACUCAUUGGACGGUUGAUGGGGGCGUGGGCAUGCUUACGUCAUGGCAACGAACUUGAGAGCUUCCGUUACAACGGACUUGAGCAUCUGUGGUUACGUUCUAGAUCCAACAACAAGAAGACAACAAACAACAAGAGACGGAUCGUGAUGCUGUACUACCACGGUGGGGGUUACGCUUUAUUUAGUCCACGCUUCUACGUCGAGUUUGCCAAUCGUUUGCUUACUCAGGUCCAGAGCCAACUUCGAGCUGUUUGUCAAGAGUCUGAUUCUUCCAUGGACGUACAGAUCUUGCUGGCGAACUAUCGAAAGCUGCCUGAGGUCUCACCUCGAAACAUCAUUAUUGCUGGUGACAGCGCUGGUGGUGGUUUGGUGCUUGCUACACUACUGAGACUACGUCGAACAGGACGCGAGAUGCCUCUUGCAGCAUUGUGCAGUUGUCCAUACGCAGACUUGUCGUCCGACGUAGUCGUGUCAGAGUAUUGCUACAUUUCCAAGUCUAUGUUGGAUGCUAUCCGAGACUUGUGUGUCCAGACAACUCCGAGGUCUUCGUGGUGUGAAGGUGCCAUGUUGCAGACAGAUUUACGUGGACUACCUCCGCUGUUCAUCCAGACAGCAGAGUUCGACAUUUUACACAAACAAUCACUCCAACUUGCCAAGAACGCCCAAUCUGGUGGUGUGCACGUGGAAUUGGACGUUCAUGAGCACAUGCCUCACGUCUUCACUCUCUUCCCUCACUUCAUCAUGCCACAGUCGUCGGUGGGUAUUGAAAGACUCGCUGCUUUUGUCUUACGGCAGGUAACAGCUUAUCAAGUACCUGUCCAACUACCGAUGGCAGCUCCAGCAUUCUGA